UCAUUUUAGUUUAUUCUCGAACACCAUGUCGGCCAGGUCGUUAACAACGAUUCGAUUGGCUGUCGCAUUUUUCGUUUUGGGGAUCUUGUUGGGAACGAGCGCAGCCAUCAGCUUGGACAGAAACGGUUACGAAUUCACCGUUGCAAUCUCUGAGGAUGCAAUGGAUAUGGCAGACGAUCAACGACUUCCCUUCCUUGACGCUCUCAAAGCGACAUUGACAUCUACGUCUAGAAUGCUUUUUGACGCGACCGAUAACAUGCUCUACUUCCAAAAAGUCAACAUUUUAGUGCCGAGUUCAUGGAUCAGUAUUCUCAGUGGCACCCAAGUCACGGCGACAUCCAAGCAUAAUUACUUGAACGCUGAUAUGCGAAUCGAAACCACAAAAAAUGAAGCGCAAUCUCUGAUCCAACCAGCACGGUCCUACAAUUCUAAAAUGUGUGGCCAGCCAGGUGAAUACAUCAUUGCGCCGCCCCAGUUUUUCCUCGACGUCAAUGGCGCAACUGUUGCCAAGUAUGGCGAUAAAGCUAAGGUAAUACUUCACGAAUUCGCCCAUUACCGAUACGGAGUUCAUGAUGAACAUGGAAUUCCGGAGACUUUUAGCGACCUAGGUGCCAAAUUUCCCUACACCUACUUAAAUCCUCGAGGCGAAUGGCAGCUUACAGGCUCCAACGACAGCAAGAUAGAGGGAUCUUACAAGAAUGCGACGGGAGGAGAUUGUACUUAUCCAAAUACCUCAGAUGCGCCAGGUGCUGAUCUCAAAUGCAGAUUCAUCGCCGAUAUGACUGCCACAACUGGACCGUCAUCAUCCUUGAUGUUUAUGCCAUUUCUACCUACGGUUUCCAAGUUUUCCGAUGAAAAUAAUCACGACCGAGCAGCUCCGAACAAGCAAAACUACUGGUGUCGCAAUCGGAGUACCAAAACGGUCAUUACAAAGAAUCCCGAUUUCAGCAACCUGAGUCCUCUGGCUAGUAACACCCCCACGACACCGCAAUUCAGUUAUCUAGUCCGUGCAUCGCAAGCAGUUUACAUAGUCCUGGACACGUCUAAUCACACUUUAGCCGAUAAUACUGUGUUCAAUAACAUCAAAACAGAAAUAGCGCGAAGGAUGAUUCCACAACUAGCGGCGCUCAGUCCCAGAUCUUUUGUAGGCAUCGCAACUAUGGGCGGAUCUACCGUUACCUCGAAUGGUCGUUUAGGUGGAUAUCUAACUGAAAUACAAUCUCCCGUAUUGGUGUCUGAAAACGAGCAAAUUCUGGUUAAUAAGGUGACAGCAUUGACUAGAUCAGCUGGGCAAGGCUUGUUAUUAGAGAAAGCAAUUCUGGACGUCGGUGAUAUUUUGACCGAGUUCACUCAUUUGUCGGGGUCAAUCGCCCUGCUGGUUAAACUGAACGAUAUCACCGGAGAACAACAAAUGAACGUGGAAUGCGAGGCUACUCACUUACUUAAUUCACGCAGUGCACGCCUGGUAACGUUCGAAUUCGGCAGUAAUAAUGUGCUCGUCAGGAGCACGUUAAUGUCUGGUGGAACCCAUUUUCCUGCCGAUUCUACGAACUAUCAGUCCGUUUUCUCAAGUGCAAUUAAUAAGACUCUUGAGCUCACCGGGGAGUCGCGGUAUCAAAACCGAAGAAUACAACUUGUGCGUGAUCAGUUCACGACUCUUGCUUCAAAACCUUUCCGGGGAUUUUACACUGUAGACUACUUGGAUAGCGUGAUAGAAUUGCAUUUUUUCGUGCCCGUUUCACGAACCAGUGACUACGAAAUCAGUGUUAACAACACGGAUGGCACGACCUAUACAUUGCUGUCACAAGAACACAAGCAAUUGUAUUUGAGUUGGGAUAAAAAAUACAAAGUUCACACAUUUCAACUAACACCGCUAACAAAAAGCGUGACUGCCACAUAUUCGGUUAGCACGUCUGGAGCUGAAAUGACAGGCUAUGUGGAGGCUAUUGAAGUUCUGGGUAACAAUGUUGCCGUUCACGUUGGCGGAGGAGGCCAAGCCGAAACUCGGGUUGUCGAGGUUGAAGUCUACACCAGCGGAAAUAACGGUGUUCUUAACAUGGCUGCUGUUAACGAAGAUACGUCUUUCCUGGUCUACGCUUCAGUUCGUAAAGGCUACAUGGCUUCUCGCGCACUAAAGUCUGCCGUUGCCAUGAUUCACGGACCAACUGGAAUCACAGAGAACAUCUCUUUGCGUGACGACGGUCUUUAUCCUGAUUUACUUGAGAGAGACGGGAUCUAUUCAGGAUUCUACAGGCCACCAACAAGUCCUUCCAACGGCAACUACCGCAUUUCUGUUCGAUUGGACGGUUUUCGAAGAAACGAUCCACUUGCGCCAUUCAACCCUCCUUCGGGUCGCUCCAUGCCCAUCGAUCAGACUGAAGAUCCGUCGUUCACCGAAGGAGGUUCUACCACCUCUUUCCAGCGUUGGUAUCCCUAUAUUAAAAAUCUUCAAGUACAGGCCGCGAAUUUUUACGAGGAGAAACCACUUCGUAUUAUGGAUUUUAUGAUCGAUUACGUCCAUUCGGUUAACGAUAAUGUUACAUUCAAAUGGACUGCUCCUCAAAAUAGCUACGGCAAAAAUGAUUCCGUUGCGUCGUACAGGCUGGCUUAUAGCAGUUAUCCUAGUGACAUCAUCGACGAUAAAGGAAGUAUUCCUACGUCGGCUGUAUUGGUCAAAGAUAGUGACAUUGUCGGCGGAACCUUAACACCUGCGAAGCCAUACGAGACACAAACGGUGACCGUCAGAAUGCAACGAGUUGGACCUUCACCUCCUACGAUUUAUUUCACAAUUAGUUCGGGAAGUACAACGGGGUUUCAAUCUUACACUGCACCUAUGGUUUAUCUUACUGGGUCGGAGCCCCCACCGAUUACCACCACUACCGUUCCGUCAACUGUUACCACCACAAGAACCAGCACAGUAGCAUCUACUGUACAGACAUCUUCUACAUCAACGCAGAGUCCUACAACGACCAGUAGUUCGGCUACAGCGACACCUACUACAGUGACAAAAACUACAAGCACUACAAUGGCUCCUAGUGAUGCUCAACGCAUCGGUGUUUCAUUCUUUUUUAAUUCUUUCUUUUCCCUCUUCUUAAUUCUAACGUUCGCGUUGUAAAAAUUCAAACAAAGAAAAGGUAUUUUUUCAUUUAGGUCUUUUUCAUAAAAGUCUUUCGUUCUGGUCCUUAGAUUACAGUGCCCAUCCUCCCAAACAAUUAUAAGACUAUGAAUAAGUGAAUUAGUUUACGUGAAAUUCGAAAUAAAAGGCUUCCAAUUGUA